UUGCGAUCCAAGAGACACACAUCAUGGCAAGUUUUCAAGUGCAAUUCACGGUCGGCGGGUUGAGCGCCAAGGCGGAUGCCUUCGUGGUGGUCUAUUUGAACGGCGCGCCGUUCGGUCGUACCGAGACCAUUCGGAACCUGGCAAACCCGUCCUUUCUCCAAAGUUUCAAGCUUGACGCCCCCGUGGACGGGGAAAUGCUCAAGAUUGAGGUAUACGACGAAGAAAAGGCAACGUCCAAGAACCUCAAGGAUCAGCAAUUGCUUGGCGUUGUCGAAGUUAGCGUGAGGCAACUCGUGGAGAACUUGGCGCAACUGACGACGCUGCGUACGACAGGCGGCGAUGCACGCGGGUUGUUCAAGAAGGAGAAACCUCCGCUCAACGUCUACGUGCAAACCGAAAUCAUCAACCCGACAUCGGACGUCCUGGCAAUGCAGUGGUCGGCCAAGGACCUGACCAACCUGGACGGCCUCUUCAACAAAUCCGACCCAGUCCUUUUCGUGAGUCGCAUGGUGCAGGAUGGGAGCUACUUGCCUGCCUUCCGCACCGAAGUCGUGGACGGCAACUUGAACCCAGUGUGGGAGAAGCUCAACGUGACCCUCCAGCGCCUAGCCAACGGAGAUCUGGACCGCCCCCUUCUUGCGCAAGUGUUCGACAUGGACAACGGCGAAAAGAAGCGCCAACUCAUCGGACAGGUCCAAACCACCGCCCGCGCGCUCUUGGACCUGCCGACGCUCUAUUUGCAAAGCGCGGCCGGCAAGCCCGCGGGGUCGCUGCGUCCUCUGCACAUGCGCCUGCAGCAGUCGCCGCCCUUUGUCGGCUUUGCGCCUGGAGCGUGCCAGAUCCAAGCCAUCCAAGGGCUGGUGGCCCCACCGCCUCCCCCGCUUCAGGAUAAGCUGUCCCAAGGGUACGAGUAUGCCUCUCCAGUGCCCACCAUCGCCGACAAGCUCAGCCAAGGGGUCGCCGCCCCCUCAGUCCUUCCUGUUGCGACUGUCGUGCCAGAGUUGGCGCCAUUAGCCGUCCCCGUGCCCUCCACCGGAGAAGUUGUGUCGUCCCCAGUCGCCACUCAAGGUCUCCUUCCAUCAUGGCAUCCAGAGUCAACUGGCUGGAAAAGGUCCACUCGGCAGAUGGCGGCGACGACACGACGGUGGUGUUUAUCAACAGCACUCCUCGCGCCGUCGAUGCGGUGUGGGUCGCAUACGAAGGCGAAGAGACAUGGUACCAGCGCAUCGAGCCCGGCCACCGGUACGAGCAGCCGACCAUCUCCCGUCACGCGUGGAAGCUCGCGUUUGCCGACACGGGCGAGCCCUUGGCGUACGUCGUGGCGCCCCCGACCCCGUCGGUCGUGGACGUGCACGGCGUCAACCAACUCGUGAUCGGCGCCAACCUCGUGCCCACAAGACCUCAAGACCUCGACGACAGCGUCCCAACGGUGCUGGUGUUCCGCAACCGGACGCCGGGGGUGCUGUCCCUUCGAUGGGUCGACACGGACCAGAGUGAAACCCAGUACGCGGUACUGCAGCCCGGCGACAGCUACCGCCAGGACACGUACUCCAACCACGUGUGGAAGGCGGCGUACGUCGCGUCCGACUCUGGCGUGGCGUUUGUCACGGCCCCUCGUGAACCCACCCACGUCGACAUUGAAGGGUUCAACCAAGUGCGCCUUACUCGCUUAUAAGUGUGACCACUCACUCAUUGAUGGAUCCAUCUAGAGGGUCAAAUGCAAUACUUAUGUGCUACCUAGUACGGACGGUAGAGAUAUACUGCAAAUGCUGGGAAAGUGUUCAGGGUUUACGGAAUGAAGUACGUAUUUACUAGUAUAUCGUACUAUUACCUAGUAUCGGAUAUGAGAUGAUGUAUACGGUAGCUGGUGUAUAUUGACAUAUGAGAAUCGAAUGGGUAAACUAUGUCGUUUGAGUGUGGUGGGUGGAAGCAACUUGCUCUAGAACAGGAUCCCCAGGGGGUAGAAACGUGAGGAACCCUGUGACCAAGUCGGGAUGGCCGUGGAACAACACCUCGAUGCGACGGACGACGUCCCGGGUGUUGAGCCUAGCGAAGGAAUGGUAAAUCAACCAAAUGUACUAUAAAUGUGACAGCGUUCCAGGGUAACGUACGUGUCUGCCUGGAACGCUUUCAUAAGCGACAGAAAUUGCUUGAACAACUCAGGUUGGUCCGUUAGUUGAUGCUUGACCUGAU